GUUUACCACGUCACGCAGUCAGUUGUCACAUCACGUCGCGAUAUUUUUGUGGCUCUUUUGGGUGUGUGCUUUCUUCAUGUGUGUUGUGCUACUUAUGUGGAUAAUUAGGUGAUACUAUUCUAUUUACUGGAUUGAUAUCCUAAGCAGCAAACAUGCCGAAAUCGAUACUUGAGUAUAUAACUAAAAUGAUAAUACCUGGUGGGGAUGAUGUGAUGAACGUCCGGGUGACGACGAUGGACGCGGAGCUGGAGUUCGCGAUCCAGCAGACCACCACGGGCAAGCAGCUCUUCGACCAGGUGGUGAAGACCAUCGGCCUGCGCGAGGUCUGGUUCUUCGGCCUCCAGUACACCGACUCCAAGGGUGACCUCACCUGGAUUAAGCUCUACAAGAAGGUGAUGCAACAAGACGUCAAGAAGGAGAACCCGCUUCAGUUCAAAUUCCGCGCCAAAUUCUACCCCGAGGACGUCGCCGACGAGAUCAUACAGGAGAUUACGCUCAAACUCUUCUACUUACAAGUCAAGAACGGCAUCCUAUCAGACGAGAUCUACUGCCCGCCAGAGACCUCAGUCCUCCUGGCCUCGUACGCCGUCCAGGCGCGCCAUGGAGACCACAACCCGGCGGUGCACGCGCCUGGGUUCCUCACCAACGACCGUUUACUGCCACAACGCGUCACUGAUCAGCACAAGAUGUCCCGCGAGGAAUGGGAGCAGAGCAUCACAAACUGGUGGCAGGAGCACCGCGGGAUGCUGCGCGAGGACGCCAUGAUGGAGUACCUGAAGAUCGCGCAGGAUCUGGAGAUGUACGGCGUCAACUACUUCGAGAUCCGCAACAAGAAGAACACGGAGCUGUGGCUCGGAGUCGACGCGCUGGGGCUGAACAUCUAUGAGAAGGAUGACAAAUUGACACCCAAAAUCGGUUUCCCGUGGUCGGAGAUCCGCAACAUCUCGUUCAACGACCGCAAGUUCAUCAUCAAGCCGAUCGACAAGAAGGCGCCGGACUUUGUGUUCUUCGCGCCGCGGGUGCGCGUCAACAAACGUAUCCUCGCUCUGUGCAUGGGCAACCACGAGUUGUACAUGCGACGCCGCAAGCCCGACACCAUUGAUGUGCAGCAGAUGAAGGCGCAGGCGAGGGAAGAGAAGCUGGCCAAACAGGCGCAAAGAGAAAAGCUGCAGCUGGAGAUCGCAGCCCGCGAGCGCGCGGAGAAGAAGCAACAGGAGUAUGAGGAUCGACUGAGGCAGAUGCAGGAGGAGAUGGAACGCUCACAGGCCAACUUGCUGGAAGCCCAGGAAAUGAUCAGACGGCUAGAGGAGCAGCUCCGUCAGCUGCAAGCCGCUAAGGAGGAGCUGGAGCAGCGCCAGAAUGAGCUGCAAGCCAUGAUGCAGCGCCUCGAGGAGACCAAGAACAUGGAGGCGGCGGAGCGUCAGAAACUCGAAGAUGAAAUCGCGGCCAAACAGGAGGAGGUGUCGCGCAUCCAGCAAGAGGUCGAGGUCAAAGACUCGGAGACCAGACGUCUGCAAGAGGAGGUCGAGGAAGCCCGCCGCAAGCAGGACGAGGCGGCGGCGUUGCUGGCGGCCGCGACCACGCCCACCCACCAUCACCUGCACGAAGACAACCAGGGCCCUGACGGUGACGCAGCAGAAGGCAGUGGCUCUGAGGGAGGCUCGGAAGCUGGUGGUGGAGAGUUGGCGCCUGGGCCUGAUGGCUUAGUGGACCCGUUGGCCGAGCGACGCACGCUCGCCGAGCGCUCCGAGCGCCUGCACAAUCAGCUCAAGGCGCUAAAACAAGACUUGGCGCAGUCCCGGGAUGAGACGAAAGAAACGGCAAUGGACAAGAUCCACCGCGAAAACGUGCGCCAAGGCCGCGACAAGUACAAGACCCUGCGCGAGAUCCGCAAGGGGAACACCAAGCGCCGCGUCGACCAGUUCGAGAACAUGUAGACACCAGGUGGUACCGCGACCGCGCAACGCGACUACACCCGCCGGGCCGGCGCCGCGCCGCGCGACACGACAGGACGACACGACGCAGUGGUGCCACCACCACCACACCACCACUCGCUAGUUGACGAAACAGAUUUAUUUAUUACCUUCUUUAAUCAACUCCAAAACAAAAGGACUAUGUAUUAUUGUAUUUGAGCAAUAACGACCUAAUACAAAAAAGUAUAGUUUUUGUGCUUUAUUUUUUUUUUUUUAAUUCAUUAGCUUUAUCACGUAAAUCAAUUACAAUAUCAAAAAUACAAAGUUCUUAGACAAAAUGAUGAGCUUAUUAAAGGUAAACACCGCAUGCAAAUAAAGAGUUUUUUUUUUUAAUUCAAUGAUUUCCAUAUUCUGGGAUUUAUCUAUAAAAACCAGGAUUUAUUGAUAUAAGUGUAAAAAUAAAUAGUAAAAAAGUCUGUUUCGUCAACAAGAGAACUCGAUAUCAAUAAGUACUAUAAUAUUUUUUUGUAAACCUUUCGUCGGUUGAAUAACGGCUUAUGUGAUCUUGCAACUGUUUUGAUAGAAAAUAUAUUUAGGACUCUCCUAUUUGCUAUAAAUUACUAGGAUGCCGUGAAAUACUUGUGGACCAGAAUUUACUCUACACGGUGACAUACGCCGUUUUUCAAAAUGUCAAACGAUGAUGAUAUUUAUACGUAUUAUAUAAUUAUAAGUAUGAAAAUCAUAUUGGUAGUGUAUUCUUAUAUUGGCAUUUAUAAAUUGUAAUAAUAUAUUUUUAUAUAUUGUAUCAAAUUGUAAACAUACAUGUUACACAUACCCUCCAUGUUUAUUAGAAUUAAAAUCUGCCUUUAUAUUAUUUUUUAUUUUUUUGAGAAAAAUACUGGCAAAGCUGUAUUCGCCAACCUACUUUGUUUAGAAUAACGCUCUUGCCAUUAUAUGGAACCCAGGAUAAAAAGUAAUUACCAAUUUAAUUUUUUUAAAUAAGUAUUUUUCUAUUAAUUUCUUUUAAUAUUAAACUUUAUAAACUUAAGAAACAACUCAAAACGUAGUAAAACUUAUGAAUCGAUACAAUAAAGAACGUUUUAAUAUCUGUAAAUAUGCGGGUAUGUUGUGAAUAUAAUAUAUGCGUAGUGUCGUCUCUCGAAGCCAGCGCGAGACCUAUGAGGUCGUCGACGGUUUAAUGUAUCGAGUUUCGUACAAUUACAGUCUUUUACGAUAAAGGCAAUAAUUGUAGACGAUUCCACACGGCCUAGCCCCGCUCACGAAACCGCGACGCUAUAGUGGCCUAAGUCAAAAUGUGCCAAUUUGCACCAGUAUAGUGGCCUAAGUUGAAAUGUAGCACUUUUAUUUUUUUUGGGUUAGUAUUUUUUUCUCAAAGUAUAAAGAAAGAUCUUUUAUAUGCUUUGUACUUUUGCUAAAAGGAUAAAGCAUUCUGCCAAUAUUAUUUAGAAUUGCAUGUUAUGAUGCUUUUACACUCAUGGCAAACAUUGGAUUGGUCCGCGGUCGGCAAGCGUAUCAAUGUGAAAGACAUAUAUGACUGCCAUGAGUGUAAAACCACCAUUAGACAAGAAAAAUGUCAUCACGCAACUUUAAUAAAAUAUGAAUCUUUGAAGAUUAAAGAUAAAAAUAUUUUAUUUAAAGAAACGACUGAACAGGCUUUGCCUUCAUAUUUCAUAACAACAAGAAUAAUUCAUCUACGACUUACCAGGCUGCAUGGUCUACGACCUUUGCCUUUCCUGAAGGGGAUAAAAAUAAAACUAACCAAACCAAACUUAUACAUUUUGUUUUAACUUUUUAAGCCACUAUAGGCUCUCAAGGUGCGUUUAACAUUAGUGCCAAAAAAUCGAUCACGCAUUUUUCUGGUUUAUUUGAAACCGCGAAUAAAUUGAAUAAACGAGCGCUAGGCUGCCGUGGAGCGGGUGGGGUGAUAGUGUAGUGAUUAUUAUCGAUGUUCUUACAUGUUCUCAUACACCGUCCAGGCGUUAUCGAUAUUCUGUGUCCAUCCAAUUUGUACAACCCUUGCCACAUUGAACUUUUUAUAACUGAUGUUUUUUUUGGCUGGCUGUUUUUUUUAACUGGUUGUAGGGCUCUGGAUUCUAAAUUGAAAUGUGAAGGAUUAAUUUUUUUUAAUCUUUCAUAUUUCAACAUGCAAAUUAAAAAUAUUCUUUUUUAGUAAGUAUUAUAUCUAUUUUUACGUUUUUAAUUAAAUAAUUUCUAAAAUGUUUUCAUUCUCAGUACAAGUUGAACUGACAUAGAAUAGAGCACCGCCGCGCCAGUUUCAAUUAUCAACCUUAUAUACGAUGUAAGAAGGGGUCAUAUUAGAACGGUGCUUGCAUUUUACAAAAAACGAUAGAAUCCGUCGGGCGUCGUACUCGGGACUAUAAUUGUAAAUAUUGAUUAUUAUUAUUACUUAAUAGUAAUUUUAUUUUAGUGUAUAAUGUGCUAUAGAACGCAGCUUAGCAACCGUACAGUUCAGUAACAAACUUCCUGUAUCCCAAGAAAUACUGGGGGGAUACUUAAAAAAAUCUGUUUCCAAUUCUGUUGCGUCAUGAUGGUGACAGUUGGAUUGUAUGGAUAUUACCAUACUGUAUGCUUGCUAAACUGCGAUAAUAACCGAAUAUGUAUACAUCGGACCUCUCGAGGAUUUUCGAAAACGUUGAAGGCACACAGAUUCGUUUAAUUAAUGAUUAAUUAAAUAUAAUAUUAUUUGUAAGUGAUUUGGAUUUUUAUUCUAUAACUACGUGCUAUACUCGGUAUAAGGGACGGUGUACAUAAACAGAAUUUGUUUUUUUUUAAAUUUAAGUAAGUAAAUACGUUUUAU